AGUCGCGGCACCGCGCGCGCGCCGUGAGAGCGAACGAUUGACUGAACGGACGAACGGACGGACGGACGGCCGGAUGGUUGGUGUGUACACGCUGUGUUAUACUAUAGCCGCGAGUAAAACGUAAAACGCGCUCCUCUACUCGACGGCGCGUCGCUCUCGUACGAAAGGCCGCGCGCACGGCCACUCCCGAGAGAGUGGAAGAACCGCGAGAGAGGAGGGUACUACGACAGAGGCACGAAAGAGAGAGAGAGAGAGAGAGAGAGAGAGAGAGAGAGGAGAGAGAGAGAGAGAGAGAGAGAGAGAGAGCAGCAGCAGCAGCAGGCGAGCAGCAGGCGAGUCUAGCUGGGGAAAAACACGCGUCCUCCCGUGAGAGCGACCCAGGAGACGGCCGAGGUUGAGGUUAGGGGACGACGUCUCGCGGCUCGCUCGUGCAGUUUGUGGUGCAUCGUAGUGCAUAUACGAGAGAGCGCGGGCGUGCGCGCGCGCGCGCGUAGCCACGUCAGGACGCACGAGGUCAAUUGUCAUUUCGCAUUCAGCUGGCAGGAGUCACGAGAGAGAGAGAGAGAGAGAAAGAGAGAGAGAGAGAGAGAGAGAGAGAGAGAAAACGAGCGAGCCCUAAUGGCGUAACGGCGCGAGCGAACGUGGACGACGCAGAGUGAGACAGCGGCGGGGAACGGAAGAAAGGAGCGAGUCGCGCGCAGUGACGUAAGGAAGCCAACUGAGUGUCAUCGGAAAGAGAUAGGUGAAGAGUGAGAGAGAGAGAGAGAGAGAGAGAAAGAGAAAGAGAAGCACUAACGACACGCGGAGGCGAGCAGGCGCUCCUCGAACAGGCAGAAAGGCGCGCGGCUGCUGCGGAGGAAGCGUGAAAGGGGAAAAGAGGAAGCCGCGAUGGGAGAGAGACGCGGUACGAAGGCGCUGGAGCUCUGGUGCCGUCGAAUAACCGACGGUUACCCGGGUGUAAACGUGCAAAACAUGACCACCUCCUGGAGAGACGGGCUCGCCUUCUGCGCCAUGAUUCAUCACUUUCGGCCGGAUCUCAUCGACUUCAACAGCCUGAACAAGGACGACGUGUACGGGAACAACGAGCUCGCGUUCAGAACAGCCGAGCAACAUCUCGGGAUUCCCGCGCUGCUGGACGCCGAGGACAUGGCGUCGUGCACGGUGCCCGAUCGAUUGUCGAUUCUCACCUACCUCUCGCAGUUCUACCAAACUUUCGGAGGAUCCUCGCCGAGUCGUUUGGCGACCAACAGAACGACCGAAAGUACCGACGAGAGGAUCGCCCCUGUUCCGGAAUCUCCUAAACAAAAGGUGGGGUCGCGUCUGGGAAUGCGGAGGGAUCCGUGCACCGCGUGCGGGCUGCCGGUCUUCCUGGCGGAGAAGCUGCUGAUAGCGCGCGCUCCAUAUCACCGUACUUGCUUCCGGUGUGCCCGUUGCGGCAACCAGCUGACGCCCGGCAACUACUACGAGACCGAGGAAGGCCAAUACUGCUGUGAGACGUGCCCGGACGAGGAGGACUCCUCCGCCGGAGUGCGUCGCAAGUACACCGAGUCCAUCGUGGCCGACGUGGGACGAGAGAUGAACGAGGUCUCUACGAGGUCGUCUCUCAGCGACGAGGAGAAGACGGAUAGAAAGGCCGCCGCGCGAAGUCUACUGGAGAAGACCGCGGUACCCGACCUGAUCUCCCACACGUCGCAGAUGCGAAAGAGUUUCAUGGCCAGCCAUCUUCUCUCCGAGAAGAUCGACGAGUCCACUGUGAGGGACGUGAGGAACGUCAAGGUCGACUCGGAUUAUCGUGAGGGAGCGAAAGGCAGGAUCGAUUCGGCAUUCCCAGACGACGACGAGAACGAGGGGCAUGAGGAUGAGGAGAAGGGCGAGGAAGAGGAUGAAGAGGAGGACGACGAGGAGGAGGAGGAGGAGGAGGAGGCGGAGGAGGAUUCCCAUAAUUCCACGACGGAUGAUUCGCCCGUCAACGUGAAGGGCCCCAACGUGGAGCGAUACGAUGUACAUAGCGCGUUAAAUAGCUUAGACGUUAGAAAUAAGGAGGAUCAGCGACCGACUGCCAUUUCAUUCCAUGACGUAGAUAAGAAUAAUAAAACGGAGGAUACCAAAGAGUCGUCAGGACGCGCUAAUUCCGCAACGAGCAUGUCCUUGGUUCAGAGGAGACUCCUAAUGUUCGAGGCUGCUGACAAGGUAGACUACGUCGACAAGAAGGAUCGCGAGAAGAGUGCCUUCCGGGAGACUAAAAGCAGUCCUACGGCGCGGGACGCCACGGACGACGUUCAGAACGACUCCUGGGACCAGACGCCGGACGUUCUUCGGGCGAGCGACGAGGAAAAUCCGAAAAAGUGUCUCAAGGAGGGAUCAGAGAUCAACAGCGAAGAGAGCUUCGCGAAUGUCGACGAGCAACGAGAACAGAAGAAAGAAGAAGAAGAAGACUCGGCGAUUACGAAUUCCGAGAGACACGAAGAUAGCUUCUCGAGAGACAUCGUGCAGAUGAAAAGCGAAGAACGUUUCGAUAAUAACAAACAGAUCGAAGACAGUCGGGUAAUUGGUGGUACUGAGAGGCAAGAAGAGACCUUCGCGAGGAUCGAAAACGAUCAGGUAGAAGACAAGGUAGAAGACAAGGAAGAUAAGACGACAAAGAGGAGGUUCUCCGAGAACGCCGCGGAGGGCAAUUUGCCGCCGAGCGCAGACGUCGUCGACUUGAGUGUCGUUGACGACUAUCCGGAGAAUUUGAAUCCCUUCAAGAGCGACGAAGAGGACAACGUCAUGGAAAGUAAACGGCAGACCACGCGAGGGAGCUCCUCGUCGAGGAGAGGCAAGGUGUCGACCAAUCCGUUUGACAGUGAAGAUGACGAGGAGGAUGUCGAAGAGGAAGUCACACCGCCGAAACCGGCAGCUAGAAGUAGCAAACCGGAGAGCCGAGGAAUCGUCAAGACGACGGUAGCCACGAAGCGGCUGGUGGCCGCACCGCAGAUCAAUUUCCAUUCUUUCUGGAGCGACGAGGAGGAAGAGCGCGACAGCGACGGCGAAGGACGAGACAGAACGCCGCAAGGGAGGAGCAACGCGCCCGUUCCGAAGCCGCGCACUAUCAAGACCACUCCCGAGAUGAACGUGAUGCCACGAAAAGGUGACUUGAGUCGAGGAGACGUGUAUGCGUCUAAUAGCUCUUUAACGAGCUUAGAGUCGACCGCGACUGUCGGUGGCACGUACAGGAAAAAGAAGCCUGCACCGCAGCCGCCGGCCGUGAAGAAACUCUUCCCGUCCGCCCAGCCGGACCAGACAUCGCCGGUUAAGUCGUGCGACAGCACAUUGUCCUCGUAUCAUAGCUUAUCGCCACGCACAACUCCGCGACCUCGCAAAACCAAGCCGGCGCCUCUACCGCCGACGUCUACCAGUACGCCUUGCAACGUCGCGCCGAUCAGCGACACUUUGAGCGCCAGUGAGUCUUCGAUUAUCGAAUUUCACGGCAACAGCGACGAUCACAAUAUGGAGAUGUGGCAGGAUCAGAAGACCAACAAGGACGAGGCGAAUCGGAAUAGGCAGAGCUUGAACAGCGUCUCCGACGAUCUCUACAAGUCCUAUGCCGAUAAAAGCGUGCAAGGCAAAUGGAAGAGGAAGAAAGGGCCCGCUCCGCCGCGACCAAUCCCACACAGGAGGAAGAUUAAAGUGAUAUCCAUGAAGGACGUAAAAUUGGAAUUGGAUGAGAUCGAGCUGCAACAGCAAGGCUUGGAGAAACAGGGUGUACGGCUGGAACAGUUGAUACGAGAUAAAUGCGAACCCAGACAAGGAACGGAGGACUCGCCGCUCGGCAUAGACGUGGAGGAACUAGUCUUGGAAUUGUUCGCGUUAGUGAACGAGAAGAACGAGCUGUUUAGGAGGCAAGCCGAAUUGAUGUUGCUUCGACGACAACAAAGAUUGGAGGAGGAGCACGCCGAGGUAGAAUAUCAAAUACGGUGUCUCAUGUGCCAACCGGAAGCCACUAAGACAGACUUCGAUAAACAGAGAGAGGAAGCUUUGAUACAAAGGUUAGUAGAAAUCGUGGAGAGAAGAAACGAGAUUGUCGAAUGCUUGGAGAUGGAUCGUCGCAGAGAAGUGGAGGAGGAUAAGAGCAUAAACAAGCAUAUGGGUCUAUUUGCCGCGAGAAACAAGAACGAGCAAUCGAACAACGACAAUGAUUCCUCCAAUGUAGUAAAAACGGCGAAAAAAGGAAAACUCAAGGAGAAACUGAAAGAGAAGAAAUUGAAAAAAGUUUCAAAGAAAGACGCCGAUAAAGACGUGGACGAGACUGAGGUGAAAUCUAAACGCCACAAUAAGCGAAAAUGGUUUUGAGCUACGUCAGCAUUAUUACUGUACUUCAAUAGAUAUAAAUAUGACGCAUUUAGUAUUUAAUACUUUUAUAUAUAUUUUUAACACUAUUUGUUAUUUGAAAGAUGUAGAAAUAUACGCUGCGAUUAUUAGUA